AUGACUGAGGUCAAUUUGGGAAUUACUGCUGACAUGCAUGUGCAUUUGCGUGAUGGUGCAAUGUGUAAGUUGAUAACGCCAACAGUUCGUUCAGGAGGAAUCGCCAUAUGUUAUGUGAUGCCCAAUCUUGUCCCACCAGUUACCACUAAACAACAAGUCAUCGACUACCAUAACGAACUUACCAAACUCGCUCCCGAAACUACAUUUUUAAUGAGCUUGUACUUGUGUAAGGAAUUGACUCCGCAAUUGGUUGAUGAAAUUAGUCAUUUGAUCCAUGGUAUUAAAUGUUACCCAGCUGGUGUCACUACAAAUUCUGCAUCGGGCGUGGAUCCCAAUGAUUUCAGUUUAUUUUAUCCUUUGUUUGAAGUUAUGGAAAAACGUGGGUUGAUUUUAAACAUACAUGGAGAAAAAGCUCAUAUUUCAAAAGAAGAAGAGGCCAGAGGCGAUAUUGAGGAUGAAAUCAAUGUCAUCAACGCUGAACCUAAGUUCCUUCCUGCAUUGCGCAAGUUGCACGCCGAUUUCCCUAGAUUAAAGAUUGUUUUGGAACAUUGUACAACACAUGAGUCAAUUGCAUUAAUCCGCGAACUAAAUCAGGGCAAAUCUGAAAAUGAUGAGAUUUACGUAUCAGCGACGAUAACUGCUCACCACUUGUAUUUGAUUAUUGAUCAAUGGGCUGGGAACCCGAUAAAUUUCUGUAAACCAGUAGCCAAGUUUCAAAAAGAUCGUCAAGCUUUAAUUCAUGCUGCAACAAGUGGUGAACCAUGGUUCUUUUUUGGAUCUGACUCUGCACCACAUCCAAUCCACAAGAAACAAGUUCAUGUUGGUGUUUGUGCGGGUGUGUAUACUCAAUCAAAUGCCGUGGCUUAUGUAGCCGAAGUCUUUGACAAACAAGGCAAAUUGGACAAUUUAAAGAAAUUUAUCAGUGAUAAUGGGAUCAAGUUCUACAAUUUACGAUCAAAUAUUUUGAACAAGCACAAGGGAGAGAGUGUAUGGUUAGUGAAGAGAAGCAAUAAUGUACCUGAUGUAAUUGGCAAUGGUGAGGUUGAAGUUGUGCCUUUCAAAGCUGGAGAAACAUUAAAAUAUGCUAUUGAAUGGAGAAAGAAUUAG